CCCCUCCCCUCGCGGCGUGAAAACAACAUGGUAGCGGAAACACACGGAGCUUGCAGCGGAACAGACACAGUCUAGCGAUGGCAUGUUCUACACAGCGGGUCCGAUUCACCGCACACACUGGACGACAACCACAAUAAUCACCUGAGAGUAAUGACAGAUCUUUUGAGUACUUAUCAGCGGCAUCAGGACCAUUCUCUCUCUCUGUGAUUGGAUAGGCAGCCUGACGGUUGAAACUCAACGUGCCAGUGAUGUCAACGCCAGACUGCAGACUGUAACCAUGGGCAACGUGGAGAGCCAGAACGGCGACCAUGCCUUCUACGGCACCCAACAUGGUCACCUGUCCCGUAAGCACAUGUCUCGAUCUCUCCGCAUCUCUAACAAGCAUCAUCAGUCCCAGUCCAGCUCUGGUUCCACCCGCCGCUCCCGUGACUGUCACGCCUCGCAAGGCAAAGUAGAUCACCGUAACUCGGAGACCUCCACGCGUUCCAGCAGCACCCCUAGUAUCCCACAGUCCUUAGCGGACCACGCCCUGGAGCCCUUCAAUCAGACCAAUGUCCUGUCAGACUACUCCUCUCCGAUCUGGGUGGACCGCAUGGCCAUGAACCUCCGGCCAGUCUCCUUCCAUACCCACCGAGACAACCCGUCUGUGACGCUCCAUCAAGACGCAGCGUCACCUGGGGCGAGACCCCACAAACCCCAGGGUCUACAGGACAGAGGACCAGGCCUAUACAGUAACACAGGGGAGGCGACCUACCUUCAGAAGACUAGAGACGGACCUAGGGAACCCCGAGAGGUGGUCAGCUUCAAGAAGAAGAGGUCCAAAUCAGCCGACAUGUGGAGAGAAGACAGUCUGGAGUUCAGUCUGUCAGACCUCAGCCAGGAACACCUCACCAGCACAGAGGAGAUCAUCGACACGGAGGAGGCAGAGGACUUCCCUGAUUGUGACGGACUGCUGGGGCUCGUGUCCCCCGAGGGUCUGGAGGGUCUGGACGCAGCAGGCCGGGCCAACUCCCUGGACCAGCUCUACGGGGGUCAGAAGACCCCGACCCGUCGGCCCGCUGGACGCUACGCUAAGUGGCAUCAUGAUGCUAACCGCUCCGCCCGGGAGGGUGAUAAGAUGGUGUCUCCGGAGGAGGAGGAGGAUGGGAACUCGUACGGAGCUUAUACUCUGCCAUGCCGACGCUCACACUGCCUGUCUGAGGGCCUGACCAGUUACCGGGCUGCCACCUGCUCCACCAUGCAGGGACGCAGGGCACAGACCAUACAGGAUGUGACUGCCGGAGAGGGCAGUGAGUACGAGGACAGUGGCAUCGACGGGGUGACGGUGUCGGGGGCGGAGCAUCACUCCCGGCGCUAUAAGACCAUGUCUAUGUCCUUCUCCGUGUGCUCGGCGGCGGGGCGGAGCCUGUUCGCUGGCAGCGACAGCGGAAGCAGCAGCGGGGGAGCGCCCAGUGAUGGGGUCCAGGGGGUCUACGAGAACUUCAGACAGGAGUUGGAGAUGAGCUCAUGUCCGACAGAGAGUCUGGAGGAGGCGGGCUCAGCCCUGAGUGAUGAGCAGAGCACCAUGAGUUCAGCCUACCAAUCAGAUCUCCUGCACAGCGUUGUCCAGGGAACCGUGCGGAAGGCGGGCCGGCUGGCCGUCAAGAACUUCCUGGUUCACAAGAAAAGCAAGAAGGUGGAGUCAGCCACCAGGAGGAAGUGGAAGAGCUACUGGGUCUGCCUCAAAGGAUGCACUCUGUUCUUCUACGAGACGGACGGAGGGUCGGGGAUCGAUCACAACAGUGUUCCGAAACAUGCAGCGUGGGCUGAGAACAGUAUCGUACAGUCCGUACCUGAACACCCCAAGAAGGAUUUUGUCUUCUGCCUCAGCAACUCUCUAGGGGACGCAUUUCUCUUCCAGACCUGCAGUCAGACGGAGCUGGAGAACUGGAUCACGGCCAUCCACUCGGCGUGCGCGGCGGCCGUUGCCAGGCAGCAUCACCGGGAGGACACGGUGCGUCUGUUGAAGGCGGAGAUUAAGAAGCUGGAGCAGAAGAUCGACAUGGACGAGAAGAUGAAGAAGAUGGGAGACAUGCAGCUCAGUACUGUGACCGAUACCAAGAAGAGGAAGACCAUACUGAACCAGAUCUUUCUGUGGGAGCAGAACUUGGAACAGUUUCACAUGGGUCUGUUCCGGUUCCGCUGUUACCUGUCCAGUCUGCAAGGAGGGGAGCUGCCCAACCCCAAACGCCUGCUAGCCUUUGCCUCCAGACCCACCAAGCUGGCCAUGGGACGCCUCGGAAUCUUCUCUGUGUCGUCCUUUCAUGCUCUGGUGGCAGCCCGUACAGAGAGUGGGGGGAGGAGACGUACCCAGACCAUGUCUCGUACCUCCUCAUCCAAACGUAAGAGCAGGUUCUCCUCGCUGUGGGGCCUGGACACUACUUCCAAGAAGAAGAACAAAGCCCAUCCCACCAUCAACCAGGUCUUUGUUGAUGGGGAGGAGCCAGUGAAAAAGCCUCUGGACGGGAUCUAUGAUGUGGACACUGCCAGGGAGAGUGUGAAGAGUCACGAGGGGACAGCGAAGAGCCUUCCUCAGGUCAACUCGGACAGUCACAUGACAGACAGUGAAAUCUGGGUGCCUGACCACCUGAUCCCGUCCUGGGUGUGUCUUCCUAACGACCAGCCUGUCCUCGCCAUCAUCCAGCCUGGAGAGUCUGCUCUGGACGUUCUGGAGACCGUCUGCAAGGUAACUAGCAACUUAACUAACCUACACCGGAGACCGUCUGCAAGGUAACUAGCAACUUAACUAACCUACACUGGAGACCGUCUGCAAGGUAACUAGCAACUUAACUAACCUACACCGGAGACCGUCUGCAAGGUAACUAGCAACUUAACUAACCUACACCGGAGACCGUCUGCAAGGUAACUAGCAACUUAACUAACCUACA